AUGGAUGUGUUCAUCAGAAGGCACGACCUCUCCCCCGCGGAGGAGAACUGCAUUAAGGAAAGGCAGUCCAGAGUAAAACAGGCUCUGCAAAGGCAUGGCAUUCCUGAGACCCACGUUCCCCGUGUGGCACUUCUGGGCUCUGGCGGAGGAGAGAGGGCGAGUGUUGCUCUCCUGGGUGUUGUACGGGAACUGGCGAUGGGAGACCUCCUUGACUGCUUCCUCUAUAUGGUGGGAGUCUCUGGAUCCACAUGGUGCAUGGCCUCACUCUAUGAGGAUUCUAAGUGGUCCCAGCGAGCAGCGAAGGUCAUCAGCAGAGCCCUCAUGAACAUGUCCGAGGGUGAGGGCGUGACUUUCUCAGAAGCGGUGCAGUGGCUUAAGAAGAGAGACGAGGAAGGGGAUCUAUCUCUUACUGAUUUUUGGGCUGUGCUGGCUAGCAAAAUUAAAGGAGAGCACCUUGAGACAAGGCUUUUGCAAGGAGACGAAGGCGAUGGAACCAACCCGUAUCCACUCUACAGUGCCAAUGAGAUGGCUUGCUAUGAGAAGGAACAUAAGAACAAGACAGUCGCAUCACUGGUUCCCCUCACCGGGGCCAAGAAUGCAAAGGAAAACAGAAUCAUUUCAUGA